AUGUCUCUAUUGUUCGUUAAUGAGGACGAAAAUGAUGAUGACUUACAGAAUCAAUUGUCAAAUAUAGACGGUGACAGGAGUGGAUCACUAUUUGUGGAGCAAGAUGAAGAACAUGAACCUCAAAGUAGUAACAUUGGAACAGUAAUACCGGAGAGCAAUAUAAUAUCAGAUGAUGCUGUAGAAGAAGAUGAUUCUAGUGAAGGAGUAUCUGAUCAUAUAGUAUCAUGUUCCUUACCACUCAAAUACCAACAAACAAUUUUAGAAAACAUGCUAACCAAAGAUGGUCUCUUGAUUCUAGGAAGAGGACUUGGAUGGCAGCCUUUAACGUCUAACUUGUUACAUGCAUUAAGCACACCAACUCUGAAAACUUCUAGGAAAAGACCUCUUAUAUUCUUAUUGAAUGCUAGAGACGAAGAAAAUGCUAAGAUAAGUGAAGAGCUAAACGAGUUGAAUUGGAUUGAUAUUGAAGAUAAUGGAUCGCAUUGUCCGUUCAUAAUAUUGAACAAUGAGUCUACUACAGCAGACAGAAGAUCUAAAUUGUACUCACAAGGUGGUAUAAUAUCAAUUACAGGUAGGAUUUUGGUGGUUGAUUUCCUUUCUGGCGUAAUACAACCAAAUGAUGUGACUGGUCUUUUCAUCCUUCAUGCUGAAACUGUAGAUGAAAAAUCUAAAACGUCUUUUAUUGUAAAUCUAUACAGAGAUGGUGGGAACGACUGGGGGUUUGUAAAAGCAGUUACAGACGAACCUGAAUCAUUUUUUGGAUUUUCUCCCUUGCAAUUGAAAUUAAGAGCUUUGGCUAUAUCAAAUGUUUUCUUAUGGCCCCGAUAUAGGGUUGAUGUUAUGAAAACUUUAAGUUUUGGCGAGCAGAACUUACUGACCAGAGAAAGAAGAGAACAAGAUAAGAGGAAAAAUGCCGUUGAAAUUAAAAUCAAGCUAACUCCUAUGAUGUUUAAAAUACAAAAUGCCAUAGUAUCUUGUUUCAAAGAAUGCCUUUCUGAGUUGAAAAGGCACAACUCUCAGGCUGCAACCGAAUAUUGGGACAUUGAAAAUAUGCACGAUAUUCAAUUCAUCAGGAGGAUCGAAGCUACUUUGAGGCCAGAUUGGCACAGAGUUUCUUGGACUUCUAAAAAAUUAGUGGAAGAUUUGAAAACUUUGAGCUCUCUCAUGGAGGGGCUAAUCUCGUUGGACUCAUUAACGUUCUACGAAUUAGUUCAAGCUAUAUAUAUGCAGAGCUUUAAACCAAAUUCAAGAGGUGUGUCCAUGCUGCCAUGGCUUAAUGUUGAUGAUGCCAGUACUGUCAUUAGUUAUGCUAAGGAGAGAGCCUUAGGGAAAGUAGUGAAAAAGAAUAACAACGUUAUUGAAGACGAAGAAAGGUAUACCUUAGAAGAACAGCCCAAGUGGGAUCAGCUUGGAAUACUAUUGGAUGACAUAAUAUAUGAGAAGCAAUACAAAGAUAGUGACGUGGAGGGCCCUAUACUCAUUAUGUGCUCACAAGUAUCUACAAUUCACCAGCUUAAAAGUGUUCUAGCAAAUAUGAAAAAGGAAGAAAACACAAUGACAGGUAAGAAGAGGUUCAGUGCGAGGAAAUACAUGGUUAAAGAAUUAAACAAUUACACCAAGUGGAAAGAUAUAACUUCAUUGACUAAAAAGAUUUCUACUAAAAUGGAAGAGGACUCCAAUGCCAAAAGUGCUACAGGACAACUAUCAAAUAAUACUGAGCAGGAUGAUGAAAACUUGAAUAUUAGUAAAACUUUUACCAGGGGAAAGGGCCAUCCAUUAAGUAAGAGAAGAAGAACAAGGGGAGCAGCAGCUGUUGCCAAUGUCAAUAGACUCUAUUAUGCAUCAGAGGCCAAUAGUGAGGCAGUGGAGCUUGAUCCUGCAAUAUUGCUGAGUUUAAAAAGAGAAGUUGUGAGUGAUGGAAUCGCUGAAGAAGAAGAUGGAAUAGAAAUAAUUGCUUCCGACAAUGAGAAUGAUAUAGAGAUUCUUGAGGAACAUGAAGCUGGAAGUGGCGGAUUUUUACAUGCAGCGUCUGAGAACUUUCAAUUUACAAAUAUCAAUCUUUCAGAUCAGAUAGUUUUCGAAGUGUAUGACGAGAAGACCAAUGAUUCCUUACUCUUGGAAUUGUCUCCAUCUUACAUUAUUAUGUACGAACCAAAUGUUUCGUUUGUUCGUAAAGUUGAAAUAUACCAGGCAAUUCACAAAAACACGCCGGCAAGACCUUAUUUGAUGUACUAUGAUGGAUCCGUUGAAGAACAGAAAUAUUAUAUAAGUUUAAAAAGGGAGAAAGAAGCAUUCAACAGAAUAAUUAGAGAAAGAGCAAAUUUAAGUAAACAUUUUUCUCAAUCACUGGAAAACAAUAAAUUCCAUAUCACUAAGAAAGAUGUCAUAAAUACUAGAAUUGCUGGUGGAUCAAAUUUCAGAACAGGAGAAGAUGAGUUUAAAGUUGUCGUGGAUGUUAGAGAAUUCAAUGCAACUUUACCCAACUUAUUGUAUAGGGCCGGAUUUAAACUAGUUCCAUGUAUGCUUACUGUUGGUGAUUAUAUUUUAACACCAAAGAUUUGUGUCGAAAGAAAGUCCAUUUCGGAUUUAAUUUCAAGUUUCAACUCAGGUAGGUUAGUUGAUCAAUGUGAGCAGAUGUUCAGGAAUUAUGAAUUACCGACGUUAUUAAUCGAAUUUUCUGAAGACAAUUCUUUUUCAUUGGAACCGUUUGGCUAUUCUAAGAAAACUGGUCCUAACGCUAAAAACGAUAAUAAAAAUGAAACUGGAGAGCCAGUAAAACUGAAACAAGAAGCAAUUCAGGAGAAAAUAGUGACCUUACUUAUCAGAUUUCCUAAAUUAAAAAUCAUUUGGUCAUCAUCUCCUUACGAAACUGCUCAAAUAUUUUUAACUUUGAAACGUGAACAGGAGGAGCCCGAUGUUGCGGCAGCAAUAACUAAGGGAGUAAUGUAUGGAGACACGGACAAUCCACCUAUGUAUAAUGACGAUGCCAUUGACCUAAUAAAGAACAUUCCGGGUAUAAACAAUAAUAAUUACUUUCAAAUUAUUACUAGAAUUAGAAGUAUUGAAGACUUGGUUGCGGUUUCUGCAGACGAAUUGAAAGAAUUGCUCGGAGAUGAAAAUGGAAGAAAAGCAUUUGAUUUUAUACAUAGAGUAAGUAAUUAG